UGGGAGGGGCGCGCGUUUCGGCGGGUUCCGUUAAAAUGGCGCCCUUCUUGCCGGCGCUGCCCGCGGGGCCUUAGCCGGUGGGGGAGCCGGGAGCCCGCGGGGCCGGGGCGGGCAGCCCCGGGCGAGGAUGGCGACCCCGGACCAGAAGUCGCCCAACGUCCUGCUGCAGAGCCUGUGCUGCCGGAUCCUGGGCAGGAGCGAAGCCGACGUGGCCCAGCAGUUCCAGUAUGCCGUGCGCGUCAUUGGCAGCAACUUCGCCCCAACUGUGGAAAGAGAUGAGUUUCUGGUAGCUGAGAAAAUCAAGAAGGAACUGACCCGGCAGAGACGAGAGGCGGACGCGGCGCUGUUCUCAGAGCUCCACAGGAAGCUGCAUUCGCAGGGAGUUUUGAAAAAUAAGUGGUCGAUUCUCUACCUCUUGCUAAGCCUCAGUGAGGAUCCGCGCAGGCAGCCCGGCAAGGUCUCCAGCUACGCCACGCUGUUCGCUCAGGCGCUACCACGCGAUGCCCACUCCACGCCCUACUACUACGCCCGGCCUCAGACCCUGCCGCUGAACUACCAGGAGCGCAGCGCCCCGUCGGCCCAGAGCUCGGGCAGCCUGGGGAGCAGCGGCAUCAGCAGCAUCGGUGUGCACACCCUCAACGGCCCGCCCCCGCCGCCCCCGUCCCUGCUGCCGGGACAGUCUCACCCGGGCCCAGGGACAGGCGACUGUCUCCGGCAGCAGCUGGGCGCCCGUCUGGCAUGGACGUUGACUGCAAGCCAGCCUUCCUUACAAACCACUACCUCCAAAGGCGUCCCCAGCGCGACUUCCCGCAGCGUGACGCGGCCACGGAGAGACGGGGAUGCGGGCGAACGAGCUGUGUCGUGCAGUUCACCGUACGGAAACCACGUUGCAGGUGCUGUGGAGGUCACCGAGGCGGCCCUUGUCAGAGACAUCCUGUACGUCUUCCAGGGCAUAGACGGCAGGAACAUCAAGAUGAGCAGCGCUGACAACUGUUACAAAGUGGAGGGAAAGGCAAACCUGAACAGAUCCUUGCGGGAUACGGCUAUGAGACUGGCCGAGCUGGGGUGGCUUCACAACAAGAUCAGAAAGUACACAGACCAGAGGAGCCUGGACCGCUCGUUUGGGCUUGUCGGCCAGAGCUUCUGCGCGGCCUUGCACCAGGAGCUCAAGGAGUACUACCGGCUGCUCUCCGUCCUGCACUCCCAGCUGCAGCUGGAGGACGAUCAGGGUGUGAAUUUGGGCUUCGAGAGCAGCUUGACACUCCGGCGCCUCCUGGUGUGGACCUAUGACCCCAAGAUAAGACUGAAGACCCUGGCGGCCCUGGUGGACCACUGCCAAGGAAGGAAGGGAGGCGAGCUGGCCUCGGCCGUCCACGCCUACACCAAGACAGGGGACCCAUCCAUGCGGUCCCUGGUGCAGCACAUCCUCAGCCUGGUGUCACACCCCGUCCUGAGCUUCCUGUACCGCUGGAUCUACGACGGUGAGCUGGAGGACGCGCAUCACGAGUUCUUCGUGGCGUCGGACCCGACCGUGAAGACGGACCGGCUGUGGCAUGACAAAUACACGCUGCGCACGUCCAUGAUCCCGUCCUUCAUGACGAUGGGCCAGUGCCGGAAGGUCCUUCUGAUAGGAAAGUCGAUAAACUUUCUGCACCAGGUGUGCCACGACCAGACGCCCCCUGCGAAGGUGAUCGCCGUGGCCAGGUCUGCGGAGCCCCUGCAGGACGCUGCAGAUUUAUUCACAGAUUUGGAAAAUGCGUUUCAGGGGAAAAUUGAUGCAGCUUAUUUUGAGACCAGCAAGUACCUCCUGGACGUCCUGAACAGGAAGUACAGCCUGCUGGACCACAUGCAGGCCGUGCGCCGGUACCUGCUGCUCGGCCAGGGGGACUUCAUCCGGCACCUGAUGGACCUGCUCAAACCAGAGCUUGCCCGUCCAGCUACGACUCUGUACCAGCACAACUUGACUGGAAUUCUGGAGACCGCCGUCAGAGCCACCAACGCCCAGUUUGACAGCCCGGAGAUCCUCAGGCGACUGGACGUGAGGCUGCUGGAGGUCUCUCCGGGGGACACCGGCUGGGAUGUGUUCAGCCUGGACUACCACGUGGACGGCCCCAUCGCCACUGUGUUCACUCGAGAGUGCAUGAGCCACUACCUGCGCGUGUUCAACUUCCUGUGGCGGGCCAAGCGGAUGGAGUACAUCCUCACGGACAUCCGGAAGGGCCACAUGUGCAACGCCAAGCUCCUGAGAAACCUGCCAGAGUUCUCCGGGGUGCUGCACCACUGCCACAUCCUGGCCUCCGAGAUGGUCCACUUCAUCCACCAGAUGCAGUAUUACAUCACCUUUGAGGUGCUCGAGUGCUCCUGGGACGAGCUGUGGAACCAGGUGCAGCAGGCGCAGGACCUAGACCACAUCAUCGCUGCACACGAGGCCUUCCUGGGCACCGUCAUCUCCCGCUGCCUGCUGGACGCCGACUCCAGGGCCCUUCUCAACCAGCUGAGAGCCGUCUUCGACCAGAUCAUUGAGCUUCAGAGCACGCAGGAUGCCAUCUGCAGGGCCGCCCUGGAGGAACUGCAGAGACGCCUGCAGUUUGAGGACAAGAAGCAGCAGCGGGAAGCGGAGGGCCAGUGGGGCGUGACGGCAGCAGAGGAGGAGCAAGAGAGCCAGAGGGUCCGGGAGUUCCGGGAGUCCAUCCCGAAGAUGUGCUCCCAGCUGCGCAUUCUGACCCAUUUUUACCAGGGUGUAGUGCAGCAGUUCCUGGUGCUGCUGACGACCAGCCCCGACGAGAGCCUGCGCUUCCUGAGCUUCAGGCUGGACUUCAACGAGCACUACCGGGCGCGGGAGCCGCGGCUGCGUGUGUCCCUGGGCGCCCGGGGCCGGCGCAGCUCCCACACCUGAGGCCCAGCGCGGGGGGCCGCCAUGGGAACGUUCCCGGGGCCUCCGGGACGGCCGGCUUGGCCAGAGGCAGGGCGUGCUUCUAGGCAGCGGAGCUGACCGUGUUUGUGACGUCACUAAGUUAAACAGGCUGGCUUGCACUAUCCGAAUUUAUUUUUUAAAGUCUUCAUAUGUAAAGAUACCAUACUUAGAGGCUUCUUAAGCCCUCCACAAUAUAAUUUAUAUUCGUCACUUUUUAAAAGAUCACACUUUCUUUUAGAGAAAAUUCAGGCGAUGGAUAUUCAUCAGUUAAGAUGGUAACGUCAUUGCUAUUUUUUUAACAUCCUCUUUAGAGGCAAUUCUUGUUAAUAUAACCAAAUUAAAUUGAAGUUUAAUGUCCCUACUAAGGAAACAGAGAGAGCGUUUUAUUUUGGUUUUUAGUGUAAAAUACUAAUCUCUCUAAGGGCCUUUCUAUCAGCGUGUUCACACGUUUAUCCUUUUUUUCUCUUCUUUCAAAGUUUACAUUUUUGUAUCUCAUUUACUCUCAGACACCUUGGGAAACAGUGUAGAAAAGGGCAGAGUCCUGAUGCCUCAAUUCUCUGGACAUCAGCUGAAGCACCGUGUAAAUGUGGAUGCCUGAAAAGCUAACGAGGUACUUUAUUUUCAGGAUUCUGAUAAGCAUCGGAAAGAAAUUGUCUUGAAUAAUGAAGAUUCCCUUUUCCUUGCCUAUUUUUUCAUUGUAAAUAUUUAUAUACUGUGCCCAGAUGUUGGGGGGACAUUUUUUGUAAAAAUGUCAUAUCAAGUCACAUAAAUCCGCCUUUAUUAUGUUGCGUAAGUGAAAACUUAGACAAUUAAAAGCAAUUAUCUUUCAGA